AUGGUUCAGGCGCAAGAUCGCAUGGUCGGUGCAUCUGAUACAACGGUUGAAGAAUACCCGUUCAUGGCGGCCAUCACUUUCCACCGCGAGCUGGUGGGCAACGGAGCAAUCAUAAACAUGAAGUGGAUCCUCACCGCAGCCAUCACAAUCAUCGGCACUCCGGUAUCCGCGUUCGAUGUACGAGUGGGUUCGAGCGACUACAAGAACAACCCGAAAGUGUACCAAGUGAAGCGAAACUACCCGCAUCCCGAGUGGGUAGGAUACGACUACAACAUCGGCUUGGUACUGCUGGCCAAGGAAUUGGACUGCAGCCCAACUGUGCAGCCCAUCCGGCUUACCACCGAGGAUCCCGAGUCGAUCCAGCUGACGAUGGUGUCCUACGGGCAGAACGAGGCAGGAACUUCACAUUUGCAGAAAGCGAACUUUGACAUGACCAGAAGUGCAUCUUGCUACAACAAGCUUGAGGACUUCUUGUCGAAGGAGGUGGUCGAGACGGGAACGGGAUACUGCAUGUCUUCGCCAGACAUAACCAAGAAAGGGCACUACUACACGGAUCUCGGAGCUCCGGCCAUCACCAAAAAUAAGCUGUACGCUCUGUUUUCAUUUUCGGAACACUCCGGAGGCAUCACCGAAGUUGCCGUAGCUACUCGUGUCUUUCCCUACAUCGACUUCAUCUCCCAAACGACGAAUCGAUUCAGUUAA